AUGGCGACAGACGCUGUGGUUUCCUUUGCGGUUGAAAGGAUCGGUGACAUGCUCAUUCAAGAAGCAAUUUUCUUGAAGGGGGUACGGGGGAAAGUGGAGAGGCUGCAGAAAGAUCUAAGGGCGAUGAAAUGCUUCUUGGAAGAAGCGGAGAAGAAGCAAGAAGAAGAUUUAAGAGUGCGCAAGUGGGUUUCCGAAAUCCGUGAUGUGGUUUAUGAUGUUGAGGACAUCAUAGACAUGUUCAUCCUGAAUGCAGAGUCCCUGAGAACAGACUACUUUCUCAAGCGUGUCUUCAAGAAGUUGAUAAACCGCCAUAAGGUUGGCAAGAAAAUUGAAGACAUCCAACUGACCCUCCAAGACAUCUCAAAUAGGCGGGAGGCUCUAGGAAUAAAAAAUAUUGGAGAAGGAACAAGCGGUUCGGGUCAAAUGUUGCAGGAUCUAAGACGCUCCUCUCCUCGUGCAGAAGAGCGUGUCAUCGUGGGCCUUACACAGGAGGCACAUAAGCUAGUGGAGCAGCUGAUCGGAGGAGGCCAAAGACGCCGCGUGAUUUCUUUGGUAGGAAUGGGCGGCAUAGGCAAAACCACCCUUGCCAAGAAGGUCUAUAAUCAUGAAAAAAUUGUGGAACACUUUCCAGAAUUUCGUGCCUGGAUUUAUGUAUCCCAAGAUUGUAGACCCAGAGAGGUUUAUAUGCAAAUUAUUAACCAGGUUUCUGAACCGACUAAAGAGCAAGCAGAAAUGAUAGAGAAGUAUGGUGAGAACGAGUUGGGGGAUUUCCUUCAUGAUCAUUUGAAGGAGAAAAAAUAUUUGAUAGUUCUGGAUGAUGUAUGGAGGUGUGCCGAUUGGGAUUUUCUUGCAAAAGUGAGCAGCAACGAUCCUGAUUGCCUUGGAAAUGUUUUUCCCGAUGGGAGUAACGGCAGCAGAUUACUUCUUACAACUCGAUAUAAGGAUGUUGCUUUGCAUGCAGAUGCUCGAACUAUUCCCCUUGAAAUGCGGCUUCUUUCGAAACAAGAGAGCUGGGACUUGUUUUGUCGGAAGGCGUUCCUUGAUGCUGAUAGCGAGAGGUAUCCUCCAGAUUUGAAGGAACUUGGGGAAGAGAUGGUGGGCAAAUGUAAAGGUUUGCCAUUGGCCAUCGUUGUAUUGGGGGGUUUGCUGUCAAGAAAUAUGUCACAUACAGAAUGGAAGCAGGUGCAUGAUAACAUUAGUGCACACCUUGAUAAAGAAGGCCAAAUGGGAGUAAUGACAAUGCUAAACCUGAGCUACAUCGACUUGCCCCAUUACUUGAAACCGUGCUUUCUUCAUUUAAGUCUCUUCCCAGAAGAUUACGUGAUCUCCUCAAGAAAACUGCUCCUUUUAUGGACUGCUGAGGGUUUUGUGCGAGAACAAGAUGACCGAAGAAUGAAAGACAUGGCUGAGGUUUACUUGAAUGAGUUAAUCAAUAGAAACUUGAUUCAAGUAGUGAGAAUGAGUGUUAAUGCAAGGGUUAUGAAAUGUCGAGUUCAUGACCUUAUACGAGAGUUGGCUAUUGAAAAGGCAAAAGAGCAAAACUUCAUGGGAACUAGUAUUGCAGAUCCUCUAUCCCCCUCCGCCAAUUUAUCUCUCUUUUCAUCUAAAUCCCGUCGACGAAGUAUUUAUUCUGACUUUGAGAGGCACAACCUUCAACCAAUGGAUCAAGAACGAUUCAAGCAACUUAACUUGCCUUGA